CAGGUCUCCAAAGGUGCAGCAGCCCAGCAAUCCCGCAGUUCAAAGUUAAGCAACAGUUGCACAACUUCCAGCAGCUCCCUUCAGGCGGCUACUAAUGAGCAGAAAGCCAGGAGCAUCUGAGGAGGUGAAGAGGAAGCUUCCAGGUCUCUUCCCUUCACCCUAGAAAUCCAGAUAUCCCCCCAUCCCCACCCCCAUCCCCAGAGAACUUUGAGAUACUGUCCUUGCUGUUCGCUGGCCUGGCGGACCAUGGCUCCCUUUGGAAGAAACUUGCUAAAGACUCGGCAUAAAAACAGAUCUCCAACUAAAGACAUGGAUUCAGAAGAGAAGGAAAUUGUGGUUUGGGUUUGCCAAGAAGAGAAGAUUGUCUGUGGGCUAACCAAACGCACCACCUCUGCUGACAUCAUCCAGGCUUUGCUUGAGGAACACGAGACUACAUUUGGAGAGAAACGAUUUCUUCUGGGGAAGCCCAGUGAUUACUGCAUCAUAGAAAAGUGGAGAGGCUCUGAACGGGUUCUUCCCCCACUAACAAGAAUCCUGAAGCUUUGGAAAGCAUGGGGAGAUGAGCAGCUUAAUAUGCAGUUUGUUUUGGUUAAAGCAGAUGCUUUUCUUCCAGUUCCCUUGUGGAGGACAGCUGAAGCCAAAUUAAUGCAAAACACAGAAAAACUGUGGGAGCUCAGCCCAGCAAAUUACAUGAAGACGUUACCACCAGAUAAGCAAAAGAGAAUAGUCAGAAAAACUUUCCGGAAACUGGCUAAAAUUAAGCAGGACACAGUUUCCCAAGAUCGAGAUAGUAUGGAGACAUUAGUUCAUCUGAUUAUUUCCCAGGAUCAUACUAUUCAUCAACAAGUCAAGAGAAUGAAAGAGCUGGACCUGGAAAUUGAAAAGUGUGAAGCUAAGUUCCACCUCAACCGGGUAGAAAAUGAUGGAGAAAAUUAUGUCCAGGAUGCAUAUUUGAUGUCCAGUUUCAGUGAAGUUGAGCAAAACCUAGGCUUGGAGUAUGAUGAAAACCAGAUUCCGGAGGACCUGAGAGAAAGUGAUGGAAUUGUACAGCUGGAGGAACGACUAACAUAUUAUAGAAAGCUCACUGAUAAGCUCUCUGCCGAAAUAGAAAAAGAGGUAAGAAGUAUUUGCACAGAGAUAAAUGCAGAUGCUGUGGAAGGGGCAGCUUCAAGUGAACUUGAAGGCUCUAAUUUAGAAAGUGUUAAGUGUGAUUUGGAGAAAAGCAUGAAAGCUGGUUUGAAAAUCCACUCUUACUUGAGUGGCAUCCAGAAAGAGAUUAAAUACAGUGACUCAUUGCUUCAGAUGAAAGCUAAAGAAUAUGAGCUCCUGGCCAAGCAGUUCAGUUCCCUUCAUACUAGCAACAAAGAUGAAUGCCAGCUAAAGGAAAACAGGGGAAAGGAAUCUGAGGUCCCUACCAGCAGUGGGGAGGUUCCUCCUUUUACUCAAAGAGUAUUUAACAUGUAUUCAAAUGACACAGACUCGGACACUGGUAUCAGCUCUAACCACAGUCAGGACUCGGAAACAACUGUAGGAGACACGGUGCUGUUGCCAACAUAAUUUGAAUGGCUUCUUUCUGACCUACUUUAAUGUUGUUCGUGUUUGUUUAAUUUAGUAGGAAACUUUAAAUAUUCCAUUCUGCAAAAAAAAAAAAUGUAAAUCAUGUUAAAGUGUUCGGUAGUUAAUAAAAACUAGAGAACUUUGUAAGUUUGUUUUUGAUUUAAGAGUUCCAA